AUGAUCAGGCCGCAGAACACCUGGAGAGAUGGAAGCACCUUUCCGAAGGCGACAACUCGCGACCACUACCAUAGGGAAGAGCCCCAAACUGUCAAACUCCCAGCUGCCGACGUGCUUGAACACAAAGUACUGCGAUUCUUUUGUUUCUUCAAGUCUCAUGUGGACGAAGACGGAACACAAAAUAUCCGGAUUCAAAGGUGCCACCUGUACUACUACUUGGAGGACGACACGGUACAGAUCGAAGAGCCACAGAUCGACAACAGCGGUCUCCGCCACGGAACUUUGGUCAGGCGUAAUCGCGUGCCAAAGGCAGAUAAUCCGUCAGAGUACAUAUCUGCUUCGGACCUCCGCGUCGGACAGAACAUCACUGUCUACGGUAAAACUUUUCGAAUAGCGGACUGCGACAAGUUUACGAGGGAGUGGUACAAAAAUGCAGGAUGUGAGCAGCCUCUCUCAGAAGAAAUUCCUCAGGACAGCUUUCUUGCGAGGCGUCGGAUAGAGCAACAGCAUAACUGCAGAGUUCCCAUGAGUUACGACAAACAGUACCGUGAAGUGAUGCUGGGAGGAGGCUUCAUCAAUCAGGACAUGCAGCAAUUCAUGGAAAAAGACCGCAUGGUCUGCAGGUUUUUCGCCAUCUACGAUGAUUCGCUGAGCACCACGUUCGAGCGAAGGUCCAUGGUAAUUCUGUUUUAUCUGUGCGACAAUACCAUUGAAAUUCGCGAACACCUUCCGCCGAACAGUUCCCGUCCGCACUUCCCGGUCUUCUUCAGAAGGCGCAAGCUCCCGAAAACGAAAAUUGGCCCUUUGGGACCGUGUGAUCCCUUACUCAAGAAAGAGGACUACUUUCAAGUCACGGAUUUCAAGGUCGGAUCGCUAAUACGGAUGCUCGACGUUGACUUUUUCAUAUACGACGCCGACGGAUUUACCAGAAACUACUUCAGCCAAGAGUUCAACAUAUCGCUCGAUCCAGCUAUCGACGUGCGCAUCGGCCUGCCCGUCCCCAUCGUUGAACCAGUCCCACGGUUUACUGGACACGGUACCGACAGCGGCUUUACGACGACGGCACCAUACGAAGCGCUGAGUCAGAAAAUCGGAGGGCACAAGAAGACCAACGAACUUGAUGGCAAAUGCCUCCGUUACCUGGCUCACUUGGUGGAGUGUCUCGCUCCGGGUCAAAAACCACGUCUCUUUUGUCUUGAAUUCCACCUGGGGGACGAGGAAGUUGCCAUCACGGAGAUCAACCAAAGGAACGUCGGAACCUCUGGUGGGAAGUUCCUGCAAAAGGGCAGCUACAAGAGCGAAGACAGUAAACGAACCCUCAUGCCAAGUGACUUUCGUCUAGGGGCAGAAAUCCGCAUCAAUGGGCACCUGUUCCGCGUGAUUAAUGCCGAUAAUUUUACCAAAAAUUACAUGAAGACAGGGAGGAUCGCUUGUCCACAAGCAGAUCUUCAUCGUGCUCUGGGGCGUUUGAGAGACUCGAUGAGAGAGAGGUUAACAACCCUUCGCGAAAUGUUUCGUGACCUCGACCAGCAAUCGGCAGACGCCUCCUCAAACAUGGCGAAAUGCGAAAAAAUGCUGGAAGAGGCAGAGGCAAUGAAAAUAGCAGUUAAGAACAUUCAACAUCUCUUCUACCAACAGCCACGGCUUCUGCACAAACUGAUUAAGGAAUUCAGUCACCUCACCGUGGGGAAGACGGUGACGGAUAGUCAAGUAUGUGAGGCACUGAGUUCAAUAGGCCACGCAUUUCCAUUGAAAACAGUUCAGAGGUGCAUCGCAUACCUGCUUCCUGAGGCGUCUUUCCAAGAAGUUCAAUACAUGCAGUUCAUUCAGGCGCUAAGCACGACGUAUAACGACUUGCCUGCGGAUAGGUGA